UUUUCAUCAAUUAUGGUGUGCAACUCUUUUGAGUACUCUUUAUCUUUCUCUUCUUCUCUCCUCCAUUGUCACUAUUAUCAGCAACCCCCUUAAUUUUUUUGGGCUCUGAUUAAUUCGGAUUCGCGGUACAAACAUUCCUUAAUUAAACAAUGCUUUUCGCUGUUUUCCUUGCACUCUUUCUUCCUUGUGUUGGAAUGAGCGUUGUUUUCGUGGUCUACAUGUGUUUCCUUUGCUAUGCCACAACAAAUAAUUCCUCUGGUCGAAACAAUAAUAAUCAAGAAUUACCAGAUACAAAGCCUCCAAAAGAAAAAGGUCUAUCUUCAGCACAAUUGGAUAAAUUGCCAAAAGUUACAGGCCAAGAAUUGGUGUUGGGAAAUGAUUGUGCUGUUUGUUUAGACGUAAUUGAGAGUGAACAAUUGGCUAGGUUGGUACCAGGUUGUAACCAUGGGUUUCAUCUUGAAUGUGCAGAUACUUGGCUUUCAAAACACCCUGUUUGUCCUGUUUGUAGAAGUAAUCUUGAAACUGAGUUAUUUAAUCCUCCUCAAAGCAAUCCUUGCUGAAAAAAGUGGGAUUAGAGAUUGAUCGGUGGUUUUAAUUCCCUUUUUUUUUUGGGUUACAAUUUUUAAGAUUGAGCAACUAUGGUUGUUAUGAGACGAUCAUGAUUCAAUCAAACACAGUUUUUUUUCCUUUGUUUUUC